CUUACGUGUCUUGCUCUGGUGACCCACGCAGCACUUCUCGUCGUGAUGCACUCCGUGUACAAGACCAUUUCUUGGUAUGGGGUCACCAGGCUCGCCAUGUUCACCAUUUUCGCCAUAUCACCGCCGCCAUCUCGAUUGUGCGAACGGAUACCGAGAAUCGUGAUUCAGACUCUUGGUCAGGGUGUGGCCAGCUUUCAGCUCAGUGUUUGGUACGUCGGUCUCACGUACCGGACACGAUGAUCCAUCAGCCGUGGGAUCUACUGCAUGACUCGCGCACCUGGUGACCAGCAAUGGGAAAUGGAAGACGGAAAAUAAGUGAAUAAUAAUAAUGAAACGUGGAACUGAAGG